GUGGGGUUCUGGCAACCUUGCAUAUUUGUCUCGACUUCGGUCUUCUCUUCACUUAGCUAAACAUCAUGGUUAUAACAAUUCGCAGACAGCUUCAACUGGCUCUAGGUUGAGAACAAUGUAUUUUUUACCACAAAGAGAACGGGGAAGACAUUUCUACAUCUCAUCUGUCUGACCAGUAGCCAGCAGUAUUGCAAAUCUUACCUGAGACCUUGAGCAAUGGAUGGACUAGUACAGGAAUGGAUUUAGUGGACUGACAAGGCUCAAGAUGUCCCGGUGACGUAGAGAAUGGGUUAAACCAAACUUUGGAUGCUGAGUGGGUGACAUUAUAUCCUGGCAUCUGCAACCAUGACGACGACUGCAGAAGAUCUGCUCCAGGUCAACCAAGUGGUCAAGGACCGCUUCAAAGUUGUGAAAAAAAUUGGCGGGGGUGGCUUCGGUGAGAUUUAUGAAGCCACUGAUCUAAUCAGUCGAGAAUUGGUAGCGCUGAAAUUGGAGUCAGCUCGACAAGUGAAGCAAGUGUUGAAGAUGGAGGUGGCAGUAUUGAAAAAGUUGCAAGGACGAGACCACGUGUGUCGCUUCAUCGGCUGUGGCCGCAACGAGCGCUACAACUAUGUGGUCAUGUCCCUGCAAGGGAAAAACCUGGCAGAACUACGCCGCAGCCAGACCAGAGGAUGUUUUUCCCUGAGCACCACACUCCGCCUGGCGUCUCAGAUACUGCGGGCCAUAGAGGCCAUACACGAUGUGGGAUUUCUGCACAGAGAUAUCAAACCGUCAAAUUUUGCCAUGGGUCGACAACCGAACCACCGCCAUGUGUACAUGUUGGACUUUGGCCUGGCCCGCCAGUACACCACGGCCUCGGGAGAAGUGCGACAGCCCCGCUCGGCCGCAGGUUUCCGAGGCACCGUUCGUUACGCUUCCAUCAAUGCACACAAGAACAAGGAGAUGGGUCGACACGAUGACCUGUGGUCACUCUUCUACAUGGUGGUGGAGUUUGUCUCGGGACAGCUGCCCUGGAGGAAAAUCAAAGACAAAGAGCAGGUGGGUAUAAUGAAGGACAAAUACGACCACGUGAAUCUGCUGAAGAAUCUGCCGAGUGAGUUCCGAGCCUUCCUGGAGCACAUCCAGACGCUGGACUACUUUGACCAGCCCGACUACAACAUGCUGUCCAACCUGCUGAACCAAUGCAUGCGCAGGAAGUCUGUGCGCGACUCGGACCCCUACGACUGGGAGAAGAGCAACGCAGACACCUCCAUCACCAUCACCAACACAUCAGCGCUCCACGCCCUCAAGCAGACAAACGUGCAUAACGUGGGCCCCAUCACGCCGGGCCACGGGGCCACAGAGGUGCUGGACGAGAACCUCAGCUACCAGGACGGGGAGGAGCCGCUCAAACGACCCGAGCUCAUUCCUCUCAACGAGGUGGACAACCGCUACGUGGAGGAGGGCGUGGUGGUUUUGUCGCGACCUGACGCCGACACCCCGCCCGCCAAGUACGAGCAAGACACCAAGGCCAAGGAGAAGAGCAAGGACACGGAGAAAGGCAAGCCUCAGGAGCGCAGCGAGCACGCCCACAAGAAGGGUCCGCACCCAGAGGUGGCCACGCCCAAGGAGAACGGGACACGCAGCGGAACCUCCACGGCCCCCAAGCCUCACAGCACGGGCAGCACGCGGGGCGGCCCACCAGGGGGAGCUAGUGUGGACGCCGCAAGCACCCAGGCUGUGUCCAAGGUGGGAGACAAGGAAGUAGUUCCCUCCCCGGGCGAUCGUCUUCCUCCGCCUGGCCCUUCAGUGGGCCACGGGCUUCCGUCCUCGGCCUACCAGGGGGCGGGGGGGUCGGUGGCGGGGGGCCGGGGCCGUGUGCUGAGGCUCCACGAGGUGGCAGAGACAAGCGGCCUGGAGCUCACCGCCAGUGACAAGGUCGGGGGGGUCACGGGGCCACCGCCGGGCGCCAUGGAAGCUGGCGAGCCCAGCAACGAGAAUGAGAACAUGCGGAUGGAGAGCGGCCCCGAUCUGGCCAGUCGUGCGGCCAUCACCUUUGCCCUGAUGCAGACAGACGACAAGACGCACACUCAGUGCGAUGAGGCAGGCGAGGAGAACGCCACUCGGGCCGCGCCCUUCACCAUGGCCAGUCAGUGGGGCGCCUUUGGCUCGAGCGACGAGGGAAGUGACGCUAGCGAUGUGGACGGUGGGGGCGACAAAGGCAGGAAGUCAGCCCGAGGGCGGCGACAAGCCACGAUGAACACGCUGGCCGAUGAAGACGACCAUCAGCUGGACAGUAUGGCCAGGAACUCCCUGGUUCUCAUGGAGGACCGCGACGGCCACGAGACCAUGCGAGCCUCGCUGGUGUUUGAAGAGGACAGCACGGAGUUGAUCAAACUCAUCCAGUCAGCGGCCUCUGGUGGGCGUGGGGAGGAAGCCCCUGACGAUGGGCUGGAGACUCCCGGCCGCCACUCGGAGCACAGACACCCACACUCACACCACCACACACACUCACAGGAUAAGUCUUAUUCUAGUCCACGCAAAAUGCCGGAAAAACUUGCCAAAGACAUCGACAAUCGCAUCGGGUCUCCUCUCAGGAAUAGCUCCUCUGGAAGCCCCUCCAAGUUUGUGUUCAAAAACCGUGAUUCCGUUGAUGAAAAACGUCGGAGCAAAGUGGUGGCCCUUGGAAAACCCCCGAUCCACGCUUCCACCAAACGAGAGAAAAGCUUUGACGGCGCCACUGGCCUGGCGAGCGAGCUGGGGCGCCAGGCAGGAAGCACAAACUCUUUAUCGUCAAACCGGGAUCGAGAAUCGUCCCUUCCAUCUUCAAAACCUAAGUCAAUUUUAAAAGACAAAAAUGCCUCGAUGAGUGAACGCAAUUCUAAUGGUGACAAUCGGUUCCUGGGCGAGGCGUCUGCCCCGUCUGUGGAGCCAACCAGCGCCGAUGGCCGGGUCAUCGUCACCAUGAAGGACGAGCCAAACCUGGGCACGCCCAGAGAGCAAAGUCCCCGCCGACCGCCCGGCCAUGAGUAAACCGCGGGAGUCGGAGUCGGCCUCGGGCUACCAUAUACGUCGGUUCAGUCGCCAGGGAUCC